AUGUCGCCACCUAUUAAUGGAAUGCCUGAAAAUUUUAUUCAAUCAUUUCAAUACGAUGGACAAUCUCCACAAAAUCAAAUGCAUCCACAAAUUUUUAUGCCAAUUCCGGCACCACCAACUCCUUCGACACCUAGACAAAACGGUUCACCAAGCACUGUUACAUCAUCAAAUAGCGGGGCAAAUUCACCAACUGUUGAUCGUAAAAUGAUGGAUAAAAGUCGGUACCGUACCGAAAGAAAAUUAAAGGAGGAAACAGGUGUCGCUAAUGUCGUUGAUAAGACAGUUGUUGAUGUUACCGUUAACAUGGGAGUUGAU